AAAAAACAAAAAGAAAAAAAACCACACCGCCUCUCUCUCUCCCCUCCCCUCCCCUCGACGCCGCGCCGCGCGGCCGCAACGAACCCACCACCGCCCUCUCUACCGUCGCCGUCCCACGCGGGCAGCACUCGCGGCGGUGCGCGGGGGUUUGUGGAGGCGGGCGACCCCCCGACCGCCUGGACCGGCGCGGGGCGGGGGACGGGGGCGGGGGCGGCGGGGGGGAGAGGGCGGCGGAAUCUAGGGUUAUCGAAGGGGGGCGGUCCCCGCGCUCGGCAUGGACGGCGGGGAGAGGACGUUCAAGGCGAACUUCACCGGCGAAGGGGUGGCGCUGCUGCGGCAGCGCGUGAAGGAGAAGCUCAGGGAGCUCAUGGGCGACUACCCCGACGACACCCUCGUGGAGUAUGUCGUGGUAUUGCUCCGAAAUGGAAAAAGGAAGCAUGAGGCUGCAAAAGAGCUGGAGGUUUUUUUGAGCGACAACAACGAUGCAUUUGUGUCCUGGUUAUGGGAUCACCUCUCCUCAAGUUUGCACCUUUAUGUGCAACCCAAAGCUAUCUCUACUAUUGAUGAAGCUAAAAGUACCCGGAGUAACACUAGAGGAAUGCCUGUACAAAAUAUGACCAGCAGCACACAAGAAAUUUGUGAACCUGCUGGCACUCAGAAGACAACGGGAGUUCAGCAGAGGAGGGAGUGGGGAGGAAUUGUUCGAGAACAAUCAGAAACAGUUCCCCUUCGAAGUGUUGUGAGUCUUGUGACUACUGUUUCUCAUGCAGAGGAAAAGGAUGUUCAUAAAUCACAUGCUAGAAGACGAACCCAAUCACCUGACUUGCAUCACAAUAGAAAGAGAAGCAGAGAAGACGAUGAACGUCUAAUCAAGAGAACAUCACACCAAGAUAUUGAUGCACCACGCCGGCUUCUUCAGUUUGCAGUUCGAGAUGCUGUUAAACCUGUACAGUCAAUAACCCCUAGGUCAGAAUCAGCUUCCAAGCGACUUCGUUCUGUGGUGUCUACCAUAACAUCAGAUUCACCACUUGAUGCCAGACCACAGAGAAUGAGUUCAUAUGCGAGAGUACCUGGUGCCAUGGCAGCGGCAGCAGUAAGAGCUGCAGCUGAGGCUGCUGAAGAUGUUCGGAAGGAGAGGUACUCUGGAAGUGUGUUCAGGAGAUUUGGUAGAAAGGGCGUGGUGAAUGCUACUGAAGAAUCCUCUGGUUUGAGAGAAGUAGGUCAAGAAAGAGAAUAUGGUGAUAUAGAUAAUGCCCAAGCAGAAAAUCAAUUAAAUUUUCAUGGAAGAAAUCAUUGUGUGGGCGAUGCUUAUAUGUAUGACCAGGAGGCAGCCAAAGCUGCUGAUUCUGCAUCAGAUAUCGAUGGGUAUGAUGAUACUGGUGGAGCUGGGUAUAAUGGUUUGGUUUCUAACCGAAGUACAUUGCCUUCUAGUAUAGGCAAAGAAUCAUUAGUAGCAGAGUUUGAUACUGUCGAAGGAGCUGCUACCAUUAGAAGCAGAAUGUCUAUAAUGCAGGACCCACAUUCUAGUUCAGGGCGAAGGCCAUCUGAAAGUGUCUUAGGCGUUUCAGUUAAUAUUCCCAAGGUAGAACCUCAUGUGCCCACAGAGAUGGAAGGUACCGAGUCAAGAAAGUCAAAUGCGACGCUUGCACAUGUUAACGAUACACCUGUGAUUGACAAGUCUAAAGUUUUGAUGUGUUCAAGUUCUAUGGUGGAGGCACAGAAGGUUCCAUCACUUGCCGUUGGAUCAUGCACUACAGGUCAGCCAGAAGGUGGCUCUGAUUCUAGAACAGUUUUUGUUACCAAUGUACAUUUUGCUGCUACAAAAGAUGCUCUUUUCCGUCAUUUUAAUAAGUUUGGAGCUGUGCUUAAAACUAUUAUUGUGACUGAUGCCACUGGUCAGCCAACAGGUAUGGCGUACAUUGAAUUCUUGCAUAAAGAAUCAGCAGAACAAGCUCUAACUCUGAACGGCGCAUCUUUUAUGUCGCGCAUUCUCAAGGUUGUUAGAAGGAACUCUCCUGAAGUGCCUCAACUACCUGGCUGGCCCCGUGCUUCUCGUGGAUCACCAAUCACUUCAACUUCUACUUCAAGGCUCAUUAGAACCUUGUAUCCAAGGCCAGCAUUUCCUGGUGCCAUCCGUGGGCAUAUACCACCCAGAGGUGGAGCUCGGAGCUUACAAUGGAAGCGACCUGGCGCUGACACUGCUGAUGCUGGAAAACCUAUUCACAGCACACUUGUACCUGCCGGCAAUCAGUUGGUAAGCCCAGCUGCGCGGAGCUUCACCUACACACGGGCCGAGCCAGACCAGGACGUUGGUGCGACUAUUUGAUUUCCCCUGAUGAAACUCGCAGCAGGUGCACAAGAUUGGUGCCGUUUCAUAGUUAGUGCCUCCUUUCGUAAAUACUAUUUAGUGGCUGGUUUUUUUGGAACUGAAAAUUUGAGCCAUGUUCUCUGACCAGUUCUGUGUGCUUUUUCCGGCCAGCGCUCGUGCUGUGCUGGCUGCGCGAGGUUUGUGGAGUGGAUAAACACCGGAAAGGAAAGGAAAAAAAAAUGGAAGGUCGUAGAAUGUGAUGGCAUCACCUUAACAUCCCCUUAAUAUUAUUAAUAGAUUAUUCACUUAUCA